CGGAGGUCUCUCCCUCCCUCCCUCCCUCCCUCCCUGGCAGUUCCUCCUGGAAGCACCUCCGCCUUCGAGUCGUCGCCUAACGGGCUGAGGAGAGGAGUCGUCGCCAAGGCCGCUCGAUUACAGUAUUUUGUUUCUGAAGAGCCAUCUAAUUCCCCAUCAGAGUUUCCAAAACAUUGAAACUAUUUGAAAAUGUCUCUGUAUCCUUCCUUGGAAGACCUGAAGGUAGACAAAGUAAUUCAGGCCCAGACAUCUUUUGCUUCAAACCCAGCUAACCCAGCAAUUCUUUCUGAAGCCUCAGCACCUGCCUUUCAAGAUGGAAAUUUAUAUCCCAGAUUGUAUCCUGAACUUACCCAAUAUAUGGGUUUAAGCCUGAAUGAAGAAGAGAUACAGAGAAACAUGACAGUAGUUCCUGCUGUACAUUCUCAGGAAAUUAUUGCAAGACCUUCUGCAGUGAAUUGCAUGGUUGCUCCUGUCACUGGAAACGAUGUUGGAAUUCGUCGAGCAGAAAUCAAGCAAGGAAUCCGUGAAAUAAUCUUAUGUAAAGAUCAGGAUGGAAAAAUUGGUCUUCGGCUUAAAUCAGUGGACAAUGGUAUAUUUGUCCAGUUGGUUCAAGCAAAUUCUCCGGCAUCACUUUCUGGCCUGCGGUUUGGGGACCAAGUUUUGCAGAUUAAUGGUGAAAACUGUGCAGGGUGGAGUUCUGAUAAAGCACAUAAAGUUUUGAAGCAAGUUCCUGGAGAGAGAAUUACAAUGAUUGUUCGUGACAGGCCUUUUGGGCGAACUAUUACCAUGCACAAGGACAGCACAGGGCAUGUUGGCUUCAUUUUCAAAAAUGGAAAAAUAACAUCAAUAGUGAAAGACAGCUCUGCUGCUAGAAAUGGACUUCUGACUGAACACAGCAUCUGUGAAAUCAAUGGACAGAAUGUAAUUGGCCUCAAGGAUUCCCAAAUUGCAGACAUCUUGUCAACAGCUGGAAAUAUAGUGACCAUCACCAUUAUGCCUUCUCAGAUCUUUGAACACAUGAUUAAGAGGAUGGCUUCAAGCGUUAUGAAAAGCCUGAUGGAUCACAGUAUUCCCGAGGUUUAAGAUUACUUUUGGAGACAUCUAAUGAAGAAACACUGCUGAUCAUGGCCUGUUAUUACUUUGCAACAUUUGUUCUGCACAUGAGCCUUUCUUUAAGCCAAGAUAAAUGAUGCUACAUUGAGCAUUUGCAUUAUGUUAUGGCUGGGAAUGUCCAAUCCAACAUAUUACCUGGUUCACAUUGCAGCCUUAUACUAGGUUUGACAAAACGAACUGUAUAACGCUUUUUCAUAAGGUUUUGCUGUAAAGUUCCAACACUUUCUGUAAGCUAUUGGCAUAGAUAAAAAAAUCAGUGUACCUUGAAAGUGUUAGUAUUUGCUGUUUGUGAUCAAAGUAUACAGCUGCUGCUUGUACUUUUUCGAGACUUCAUUUUUCUACUACCAUUCUGUCUGCAUUGAUCUUUCAAUUAUGUGUAAUGAUAGUUAACUGGUUCUAGUAAUCAUGUUUACAAAGCAUGCCGGUUACACUGAGCAUAGCUCGUAUUUAUCAUUCCAUAGACAUUUUUAGUAGUAAGUUGUACAGAUGAGCAUUUGCUUGUCUAAUUACUCACUUACAAAAUGAAUCUAAUUUGCUUAAAGUCUGUUGCCUUAACCAUCUUAAAUGAGAAAUAAAAAAUAAACUUUUUACAA